AUGGCACCACUCCAAAUCACUGUCGGAGGCUCAUAUUCUAAUUCGGUCCUAUCGGUGGCGUUCUCCCCGGAAGGCCAAACGGUGGCCUCUGACUCGGAUGAUCACACGAUCAAGCUGUGGGAUGCUAGGAAGGGCAAAGAGCUGAUGACCCUCGAGGGCCAUUCCCAUUGGGUCUUGUGUGUAAUCUUCUCUCCAGACGGCCAAACGGUGGCCUCAAUCUCGUAUGAUAAGACGAUGAAGCUCUGGGAUGCUCAGACGGGCAAAGCGCUCAAGACCCUCGUGGGCUAUUUCGAUUUGGUCGCUUCCGUCGUCAGUCAAAGUUCAUAUGAUCCCAAAUCUCGAAUUUCUGUGUCAAAUGACUGGAUUGCCUUCAAGAACGAAUACCUUAUAUGGCUCCCUGCUGAGUAUCGCAAAUUCAAUUACUCAGCUAUUCAGGGUGGCGUCCUUGCUAUUGGAUACCCUAAUGGGAGGAUUUUGAUUGUUAGUUUCAACACGAAGUAG